UGUUGUUUACAUCUGCGCGUUCACUCGUCGCCAGGUGUGCUUUUAGCCGCCAGUUAGCUGAAGGUUAAAGAUGUAGCUGCUUUGCGGAUUGUUUUUCCACAGACACAGUCACAUCUCUGUGCAGUUAUUUAUCAGCGAGUUGUUCAGGUGUUUAAAUGUAAAUGUAAAGGGGGCAAAUAGCGGGGAUGAAAACCCCCUCAGUGGCGGUUCCGUUUCGGUUUUCAUUCCUUCCUCGGAUGCUCCUCCUGGCUUUGACUCUCUGCUGUCACCUGAUUACAAGAGGAAAUUUGUCACCGCGACGGAGUGAAUAAUAUCUUUUUUGUGCGGCUUGUAACAAACUGAACGAACACACACGAUUUUUUUUUUUAAGUGUCUGGAAAGAAAGCAACGUGGGAAAAGAGGAAGCGAAAAUUAGUCAUUCGUCAUUUAGCUGCAGUUGUGCCUCUCCCGAAGUGGAAAGAAUCGUUUAGCACAUUUGGUCAAAUAAGUCCAGCCCUCUAAGUCCAGCUGAUGAAGACGCCUGUUGGGAUUUUCGUUUAAAACUGUUUUAGUUUCCCUACAAGUCGUAAUGUCGGACACAGAGAGGUCUCUGCCGGUCCUCCGCAGGCUCAGCUAUGCGGUGGGACACUUUCUGAACGACCUGUGCGCCUCGAUGUGGUUCACAUACCUGCUGGUUUUCUACCACUCUGUGCUGGGUUUCCAGAACACAAAUGCAGGUGUGUUGCUGCUGGUUGGGCAGAUAGCUGAUGGUAUCUGCACUCCUCUCAUUGGGUACGAGUCUGACCGAACCCCUGGCUGUGGCAACUACGGCAAGAGGAAGACAUGGCAUUUAGUUGGUACGCUGAGCGUGAUGGUGUCCUUUGCCUUCAUCUUCAACCAGUGUCCGCACUGUGACUCCCUCACCCCACAGUGGGCCAGCUUGCUCUACUUUGUCCCGUUCAUCAUCGUCUUUCAGUUCGGCUGGGCCGCCACCCAGAUCUCCCACCUGUCUCUCAUUCCAGAGCUCGUCACCUGUGAGCACGCUAAAGUAGAGCUCACUGCGUACAGGUAUGCGUGCACAGUGAUAGCCAACAUCACGGUGUAUGCAGUGGCUUACCUGCUGUUCCACGUCCAGGCUGGAGAACACAAUGACCCGCUUAGCGAUGCACUUGGACCCGCAGAUAUUCACAUCUUCAGGAAUCUGGCGUUGAUUGUGCUGGGCAUCGGCGCUCUCUUCUCCCUCUUCUUCCACCUGGGAACUACUGAGUGGACACCUGGAACAGGAGGGGAGGCUGCAGAAGAGGAGGGGAGGAGGAGCCAGAGGAGCAUGGAGGAGGAAGAGGAGGACGGGGAGCGAAGGCCCCUGCUUUCUCGCCUUAAGACCUCGUCUCCUCUGCAGUGGAAAUGUUGGCUGCAGCAGCCUUCUUUUUACCAGGUGGCCUUACUCUACAUGUCCACCAGGUUAAUAGUCAAUCUGUCUCAGACCUACAUCGCUAUGUACCUCAUCAACACUCUGGGGCUGCCCAAGAAGUACAUCGCAACAAUCCCUUUAGUGAUGUUCGUUAGUGGCUUCCUGUCCUCCUUCAUCAUGAAGCCUCUCAGUAAACUCAUUGGAAAAUGUCUCACCUACUUUGUGGGCCUGCUGCUGAUCAUGGCCUUCUCCUACUGGGUGCUGUUGGAUGAUAGGAUGGAUCAGCGGGUGUACGGGGCUGCUGUGCUGCUGGGGGUGGGGUCAGCAACCAUCCUGGUCAUAUCGCUGGCCAUGACCGCCGAGCUCAUCGCCGAUCAGACGCAAAGUGGAGCGUUUGUGUAUGGAGCCAUGAGUUUCACGGAUAAGCUGGCUAAUGGAGGAGCUGUGAUGAUCAUUCAGGCCCUGCAUCCCUGCCAUACUGCCAUGUGCUGUCCCGCCUGUGUGUGGUUCUACCAUUACGUCAUGGUCAUAGUAACGGGAGGCGUGGCAGUCAUCGCAACUUUGGCGCUCUGCUCCAUCCUCAUCUGGCCAAUCAAGAUUAGACCACGUGGUCUGCCAGUCAUCUCUGAGGAUGAAGCCAGGAUCAACUAACAGCCCCGCCCCCCCUUCCCCCUCUUCACUACAACAGCAGUACAACACAAACUCUGAACUGGUUUCAGCUGGACAAGAAGAGCUUUCACUUUUGUUUUUUGUUUUUUGUAAGAUUCCUCCUUCGUUUUUCAGGGUAAAGCAGCAGGGGAAUUCCUACCUGGCUGCUCGCCUGGUGCUCUUAACCCAGCGCAUUCUGGUGGAGGAGUUAAAAGGGAAACCAAGAAGGGACUUUUUAUUUUAUGACAGUUUGAGCUAAAUGUUUUUGUUUUCUCGUCAUUUUCCCAAAAAAAGAUCUUUCCAUUCAUUGUGCCUGGGGAUUAUUAAAGUCAGGAUAUAUAGGUUAAUUAUUGUUGUUGUAAAGUCCUAACUGCAGCGCUUUAUGGAUGGAUUUUCACCCACUUUCAGAACUUAUCAGGGUCAAAGCCACAGCUGAAUGCACAGGUGACAGUGUUUGUAAAGAUGGCUGUUUAAAUUCUGAUGAAAAAUACAGAGCGUGAUGUCUCCUACCUCCUCGCUGUUUAGCUUAUGAGUUUAAGCUGCUGAUUUAACAAAACAGUAUUAACAGUUCAAACAACAGCACAGAUAAAGGACCCUUUAGAUCAUAAAUUUUAAAGUUUAGGAGUGUACAGCAAAGAUUCAAGGAUUAAGGCUAAAAUAAAUCUUACUAAAACAGUGUCCAUGAGCAAUAAACAAAAAUAGCAUUAUUAUUAUUAGUAGCGAUCAAGAUGCUGUAAAGGACAGAUUCUUCACAUAAUUAAUGAAGGGAAAAACAGAUUCUAUUGUAUUUUUGAAGUGAUCCAUUUGAAGAGAACUAUUUUGACUUCUGAUCAUUUUAACUUGUGCAGAAGCAUCUUGGCGUCAAUUCGUGCCACCCCAUGAUAAUUACGUGUCUGAUCACCUCUUCUCAUUGCCUUUGUAUGAAAUUGCGCAGCCUAAAAAAGUCACCUUGUAUUCAAUGACGAGUAUUAGGGCCACAUGAAAGGAAAUAAAUUAAAGAUUUUUUCAUUUAUUUUGCAUUUUGAGAAUAAAGCAUAAAACAUUUUCGACUUCAUCCUGUCAUUUCGAUGUUGUUCUCGACAUUUUGACUUUUUUUUUUUUAAAUGUUAUUCAAACUUUGUUCUUGUAGUUCUGACUUUAUUCUUGACACUUCGAUUUUAUUCUCAAAAUUUUCUAAAUGAAACGCAAACUGAAUUCUUAUUAUUUCGACUUUAUUUUCGAAAAGAGACUCAAAUUUUAUUCUUAACAUUUUCCCUUUAUUCUCAAAAUGAAACUUGAACUUUAUUCUCGUUAUUUCGACUUUAUUCUCUACAUUUCAACUUUUUUUCAAAAUGAUACUCAAACUUAAUUCUUGACAUUUCGACUUUAUUCUCAAAAUUAUAAUCAAACUUUAUUCUCAUUAUUUUGACUUUAUUCUCAAAAAGGUAAUCAAACUGAAUUCUUAUUAUUUCGACUUUAUUUUCGAAAAGAUACUCAAAUUUUAUUCUUAACAUUUCGACUUUAAUCUCAAAAUGAUCAUCAAACUUUAUUCUCGUUAUUUCGACUUUAUUCUCAAAAUGAUAAUCAAACUUUAUUCUCGUUAUUUUGACUUUAUUCUCUACAUUUCAACUUUUUUUCGAAAUGAUACUCAAACUUAAUUCUUGACAUUUUGACUUAAUUCUCAAAAAGGUACUCGAUCUUUGUUUUCGUCAUUUCAACUUUUUUUUCGAAAUAGAAUACUUUAUUCUCAACAUUUAGACUUUAUUCUCAACAUUUAGACUUUAUUCUCUAAAUGCAAAAUAAACAAAAAAAUCUUCAUCCUCAAUUUCCCCCCGUUAACGUGGCCCUAAUACUCGUACAUAAAUACAUCGUAGCAUUCUGUCUGAACACCGUAAUGAAAAUACAGGAAAAAUGAUUCUAAUUUAAAUCAACCAUGAUAAGGAGGAGGUUGGAGUUGGCGAGGGAGCUGUACAUUACUAAUGAGCUGGUGAUUGUGAUUGUGAAUGAAGCAGCUGAUGCCAUUACAGUCUAUUUGGCUUUGGCGCCAUGUAUGAUUGGUCAAUCCAUUGCUAAAAUUGGGACACAUUCACACAAAUCUUAAUAUCUGGUGUAUUUUACACAUUUUCAGUACUAGAAUCCUUAUUUUAUUUCCACCGAACCCGACCAAGACACGAUAGCUUCACGUUCUGGGGUUUGAAGAAUAAUAGACCAUCACACUACAGAGCUGUGAACUUUAGAUUCUUUAGGUAUGAUCUGAUUUUGUUUGAUUUUUACACUGGUAUGCCUUUAACUGGAAAAUGGAAAAUGAUGAGAAAACAGGGUUCAGGUCACAGUAGUCUAAACUUUUUGUCAUUGCAUGUGUGCUAUUCUAGGCAAUGCAGAACAUGAGGGGAAAUAGUGGGAACAGACUGACAUGUAGAGUUCCCGGUAAAGGGAAAUGUUUGGUGCCAAAUAAGAUGAUGAAGGGAACCAGAUACAGUGUGUGGUGCAUUCAAGUGCUCAGACACGCCAAAGAAGAAGCACGGACCAUUUAUAUCUGCUGUCCUGUCAGUACUUAGUUAUGCUGAUGUGACACGCUGAUAAAUUCCAGAAAUCUUUCCUGGGUUUCAAAGUGUAGUGCUUCAUUUAAUGGUCAUUCCACUACAUUUUCAUCUCUACUGAAUGACACACUACAUUUACAGACUGUCGAUAUACACAUGAAAACUGCCUCUGAAAUCCAAACUGCAAAGAAAAAUUAAGGAAAAUCAAGCUGCGACGCACAGACGGCACCUAAAAAAGAACUUACCUUGAAUGUUACGGCAAGAGCAAACACAACCUGUGAAAUCAGAGAAGCUUUACAGCGUUCACUCUGCUGCUGAGGUCAAUUUAAAACCUUGGCGUGAGGGAAACUGGGAUAACUUUGUUGUGUUUGUGCCUCAUUGUUGUGGAUCAUUUAAAUUGAACACUCUUAUUUUGUUUUUUUCACUCAUGGAACAAUAAUUAUUACGAGAGAUUUUCUGUUUUAAUCAUCUGUCAUUGUACAUAGUUUUACCUCUUUGUAAUCACAGACCAAAUAGAAUAGAAAAAAAAUAUUUUUACAAUCAAAAUAAACUUGAAAAGCAGAAUUGUAUUUCAUAUGAAAUGACUUGCAAAGGGAUCAGUGCUGUAAAAUGUGUGUACUUAUAAUGUGUGAAUACCAAUAAAAGGGAAUCAUACUGGUAAACCGUCAA